CUAAUGUCAUUUACAACCACGGAAGUGACGCAUAUUUUUAUGUGAACAUCGGCCGGUGGGGACAUUUUGAAAUAAGUAGCUAGCUGGUAUUCGUAUGUGUGAAUGGACUAAGGUUGACGUUGCAAGUGUAUUAUUUGUAUAAGUCAUACAUAAAUACAUAUGCAUAUAUAAAAAUAAGAUGUCACAGAAGUCGGACACUGAAGAAACAAGCGUGUAACACCCGGUCCAAGGUGAGUUCCUGUCCAGGCCCACUCUUCUAAGACAGUCAGACCACGGGGCCCUACUCUCAACUAGCCUUAAGAUGGCAGACACAGAGGAGUUUGUGGAUGGCGAGAACCUCCCAGAGUGUCCUGCACAGGUGGGGUCAGCAGCUGCUUUUAGGGGGGAGCAGGGGGAGCCCUUUAAAACAGAGAGCACCACCAGCUUUCCACCAGGAGAAGAGUGGGACAGUCCCUUGCAUAUGGAGGGUGAGCCCAGCCUGCUCUCCAUGCCCUGCCUCAUGAAGGAGCUAAGGAGAGACUCUCCAGAGUCCCAGCACGCCUCCACCAGCAGUGACAAGCCCGCCUCAGGCCACGUCUACGAGAGCGACUCCUCCAACCCCUGUAUGCUCUCGCCCUCCUCCAGUGGCCACCAGGCCGACUCAGACACACUCUCCUCUGGUGAGGAGGGAGCCGCCUCGCGGGCGUCAGGGGAUGAGGGCACCACGGUUGCUGACACCGGGCUGGCAGCAGGGUGCCAAACGUCAUCGUCAAGCAGGCAAAAGUCCCGGCGUUCACGUUCUGAAAGUGAGAUGUCCACCAACACAAUGGCAGCCAAGAAGAACCGCUGCCAGCCGGCUGUGGCAGGAGGAGCAGGCGGCGAGAAGCAGACCAACGGCCGGCUGGCUAAAGUCAAAGGUCACCGGAGCCAGAAGCACAAGGAGCGGAUACGGCUGCUGAGGCAGAAGCGUGAGGCAGCGGCGAGGAAGAAGUACAACCUGUUGCAGGACAGCAGUACAAGUGACAGCGACCUCACCUGUGACUCUAGCACCAGCUCCUCUGAAGAUGAGACAUCAGGCGGCAAGACAAUCACCACCGAUAUCCCAGCUGGCUUCUGCCGUGCAGCGGAGGGUUCCGGAGUGAGCGCUCAGAUUCAGGGCCUGUUGGACAGCGGUGGCUCGUGGGACAGGAACAGCAUUGGCAGCGUGCUGGAGGAGGCCAUGACACGCUUCGCCGUGAUGCAGCAGCAGACCGAGGAGCACUUCCGCGUCUGGAUGGAGAAGCUGACGCGCCUUGACUCGCACGACAGCGGCGACUCAUCCAUCCACUCGAGCGACGCCCCUGUGCUGCACCGUCACAGGGCGCCACGCCUGUCACUGCCCAGCUCCUUCCUUCCCUCGUCGGAGUCGCAGGAGACAAUGGCGGCGUACAUGUUGGCCCAGGAGAACAUCACCAUGAGCAGCAUGUCCCCCGAUCCUCUCAACAACAACGUCCUGCCUGACGUAGUGCCAGUGGCCACCCAAAAUGGAAACCCGGACAUUUCCGACCCCGGGCUAUUGAAAGUUUAGAUGGGCUUGUUUGACUCAUGGACUGCAUUAGUGCUGUAUUUCCCGAAUGGAUAAAGUUCCAUUACCAUCACGCACACAGUGAUGAUUGCAGAUGUGCUUAUCUGAUUUCCAAAUGUUAUUUUUGAUUUUAGUCACCAAGCCACCAAUUCUACUGAAAGUCCAUUAUGUGCAGUAUUCCAAACUAGUUAACCCGGAGAGCAUGGCAUUGCCUGUGUUUUUACAUAAAGACUGUACAAAAACAACACAAUCAACCGCAGUUAGAAACAGGUGAUUACAUUUGAAUGGCACUCUAAAGUCCUCCGUGCCUGCAGAACUUGAAUCACUGUGAUUCACUGCACUGAAUCCAUGUGAAAUCUCUUAAUGCGUUUUAAACAACUCAACGGAGCCAAAUUACUUGUUUGUACUGCAUAACAUGCAUCAUUGACAUGGACAAUGCAUAUUUUAUCGACAGAGACUGUCAAGUCAGGGCUCUCAUUGUAUUGCUUGCAGUAUGGCCUAUUCCAAAAGUAUACAUGUUUACCAGCUAACACACACACACACACUGUGUCAGUUCGCACAAAAACGUGCAUUUACAGCACCCCAGACAACCAAUUAGGCAGGGGGCUGCUUCAUAGCAUGUGCCUUGACAUACUGAAUUCAUGCUGGGAGUGAGAACGUUGUGAGGAAUAUCAUACUGCCAUUUUACUCAGAGCAACAGCCACUAGGUUAGGAUUUGUAAUUGAUUAAAUACUGCUCUACUAACAGUAAACAUUCUGGAGAGAAUUAUAUUCUUAAUGCAAUAUACCCACUGCCCCAUAUGAUUCCUUGAAUUUGGAUGUCCAACUCAGAACGUUGUUAAACUUUUAUAGGUAGGUAGAGUGGAUGUCUCUUUUCACCUGAACAGCUGUUGUGGUGGCACUGAUGCUGUGAAAGAUUAGGCCUAAUACAGUGAUAGCAGUUGAGAGAAACAAUGUUUUUAUUUUUAUGUGCAGAUUGUGGGCCUUAGAUGUGUUAUCUUUUGUGUUGAACAAGAGAUAAAAUAUCAAUAUUAUUAUUUUCAUAUCCUCAUAGUGGUUAGUAUGGCCGGAACGAUACCUGUAUCACAAUAUUUUUUCCAUGGUAAAAAAGAACACGAAGCAGAUCAAACUCUUUGGUUCUUUAAAAAACUGCUGUAGAUAUAAUAUUCUGUGCUAUAGCUGGAUGACAACAUAAUGUUUGUUUCUGACCUUAGGGCUGUUUUCCUAAAUGUUAAAUCUGCUUUGUUUUUUGUUUCCUUGCCACGAUACUAACGCAAUACUGGUAUAGUCCCUAGUAGUUGGGUGUUGGUUGUGUGUUUGUCUGCCAACCUGGCCUGUGCUUGAAGCAAACGCAGCCUUUUUUAGACUAGUAGUUGUAUUGAUAAUACUUGUAUUAUCAAACUGAAACCAGGUUUCACACUAACACAACAGAGUUUGGGUUCCAGAGUGGUAAAGAGUAUGUUUUGUUUACUGGUUCCUAUAUCGGCCUACAUAAGAUACAGGUGACAACGUGGCUUUUUCUGGUUCAGAUCCUGUUGCUUGAGUCUGAACAACCUUCUCCAGUUUCUUGUAAAAUAAUAAAGAUGGGGCCUCCCAUGUGGCUCAGCGGUCUAAUGCUGACCCCGGUCACCAGUGGAACGGUGUUUUCUCCGACACAUUGGUGCAGCUGGCUUCCGGUUAAGCUGGUGGGUGUUAAGAAGAGCGGUUAGGCGGGUCACGUUUCGGAGGACGCAUGACUCCACCUUCUCUCCCGAGACCGUUGGGGAGUUGCAGCGAUAAGACAAGAUUGAAAAAGGGGGGUAAAAAAAAAAGAAGGAAGAGGACUUCUUAAAACACUACACAUUCAGGACAGCUAAAGGAACAAAUCUGGAAGCAUAUUCAGUUCGGCUGUAUCUUUUGGUAUAUCGCAAUUUGCAGAUCAAAAUGUACUGUGGAAUAUAGCGACAGUUAUCAAUUCCACACGGUUUAUACUGCAUCAAAUUCUUACUUUUUGCUUGUGAUCUUCGCUGUAUGUCAGUGUCAAAUAUGUGUUCAUAUGCUCAUGAAUUGUAGUGAUUGACAUUCUUUGAUACAUUUUUUUUAACCUUUUAUGUUAACAAGACUUUGUCCACCUUCCAUCUCCUGCCUUUAAUUUCAUGGUGUACAGUUCAUUUGAUAUAUUUGGUUUGCCUUAUUGUCUGGUAUGGAUCACAGUACUGUAAAUUGUCUUCUAUUUGUUUACCACAGUAUUGUAUCAUGUCAGCAUCUCACUGGAGAGCGAGAGCGAGCCCAGUUUUACAAGUGCAUCAAAUACCUUUAUGGUUAUUCUCCAUUGAGGACCGGUAUGAUUAACAAAGUGAGAAUCUUGGUUUAUAUUAGUCAUUUUUAUCUUCAUUAGGCCUAGUUAUAGGGAGGGCCAAGAGUUGUUCCUGACCCUGUGAUUCUGAUCAGCCAGGAAAACUCUGGGCCCUUAUCCCUUGGAGUGCCUGGCAUCUGCUGUGAACCUGGUGCCCUUUUCUCUUGACUUGACUCCCAUACGGCACUGUCUGCACUCACAAAUUAUGCAGCCGAGAUUCCUAUUACAACAGGGAUCGACAACAGGUGGGAGUGAUUUUAUUUUGGCCCCCUCAAAGUUUUUAAUAAAGAAUGUAUGUGUACAAAACAUGAAGGACACAUGCUCUUUCCAUGACAUAGCCACCCUUUGCCUUGACGGCUUUGCACAACUGGUCUGUCUAUUUGAAGAAUCUCAAAUAUAACAUAUAUAUUUUGAUUUGUUUAACACU